CCGCCUUAUUAUGAAAACCACUAUGUAUAUGACAAUACAGGAGUAUAGCUUUAUGAUAGAUUUAUUAUUGGUGCGUAGUGAUCCUUGAAUACCCCAGUGAUUGUCUAUAUACCUAUCAUACAUAGACCAGUAUAUUAUAUAUAAGGUAACACGAUGUUAUAGUCUAGUAGAUUGUGUAGUAACUGUGUAAUCUCUAACAGCCCGUCAUGUUAGGUAUGUUGAAUUAGUUAUGCGAACAUUAUUUUCGUGUUUUGACUAUUGACUUGGAUCAUAUGCAAGUGGAAUUUAUUUGAAUAAUUGUUGAGAGGAAUAAUCCUCAUGUUCGACAAGUUUAACGAAUCAAGAACCAGAGCGUAAACUAAUCUGUUAUUUCUUGUUCCUAGAACUAACAAUGGUCGUGUGAAUUCCUGAGUGACGAAUACAAGAGUACUUGAUUUAAUCAAAUUGGGAAAUACGCAAGUUGCAUCUGAAUUACGUGAACUAGAGUGUGGCUGACUACAUGAGAACAGGAGUGUGUUAUAGGAGACCAAUUCAACCAUUGAUUAAAAUUGUUUAUUGUGAUCAAUUUUGUAGGAAUUGAUUUAUCGACAGAUACGCCAUUGUUGUGUAUGAUUAACGACAAUCUGGUCACGCGCUAUUACAUUCAUAUUUUGUGCAUAAUAGGACUCAAAACAGUCUGCUGUAGGCCUACAGCCAUUUCUUGACAAGGAAUUCGAUAUAAGGCCUAUUGGGUUAACUGAAUCGUGAAAAUUAAUUAGAAUUUGAUAUUACAUGUGAUUUGAGAUAGGCUCAGACUUGAUGUUUAUGCUGACGCGUACUUAAUUAAAAUGCUUGUAUUGCAAAUAUUUUGACAUUAAGUGAAAGAUAUAGUUUCUGAAAUCAUGUGUAAAACGUGAACUCUAGACGUGGAAUUGAUUGUGACGUCAACAUGGCUAUUAUACCGGGAGAAGAGAUCUUAUUGGACCAGUCAUUUAUCAAAGUUAAAUAUGGCGAUAAUGAGGAGGCUAUAUUUAAUCCCUGGUGUUCUACAUAUACACUAUUAGAAUGGAUUAGAAAAAGAUGUAAAUGUGGCCAUGACAUUACCAUAGAUCUAAUAGAUCUAGAAGGUCACGUGAGAAACUUGUCAACUGGUAUUGAGGAAUACGCCAAUGAUCUACUUCAUGGAAGAGAAACCUAUAUACUUAUUAGAGUAGAAAGAGAAAGUGAAUCUGGGCCUAACAGAUAUAUUUCAUUAUUAAAUAAUCUAGAACAAACUAAUCCAGAAUUAAUGGUGAAAUUAAAUAAUUUAUCCAGGCCGACUACAAGAAAUAAGAAAGAUAGACCCAAGAAGAAUAAUAACAACCACGGUUCGAGAUCACUUAAAGGGCAUCGUCUGGAAUCCCCGACCAAACGUCCAACAAGCAGUGAGAGACACAAUAAACACACAAAAUAAACACCCCACCCCAUGCUCCUUAUUUACCACAAAUAAACACCCCACCCCAUGCUCCUGGUAUACCACAAAUAAACACCUCACCACAAAUAAACCAGACAUCACACGACCAUUGUAUACCACAAAUAAACUUAAACUUGAGAAAUUUCUAAUUAGCAAAAUGCCCAAUAAAGCAACAAUACUAAGGCUGGUAUCUUAGAUCGUUUAUGGGAUGUGGCUUGGGUUCGUUUAAUUAUCCCUCCCAGAACGUUAUUGAAGGGGUUGAAAUAUAUCUGUCAAUAAAUGGUUCAAUUUCAUUCAGUAUUUACAAAGAUAUGAUGAAUGAACAAAUUGUCCACAUUCACUAUCCACUACUGAUGAUAUAAACAUGUAGACGGUCAAAGGAAGUCAGUGCUACCUAUAAUCUUCGUGAAAAUGUUGAAUCCAGGUCGGGAAGUUAUCUUCCGAUAAUUCAUUGUUUUCUUAAUUAAAUUUUAUUGUGCAAAAUGUAAGCCAAAUGUAAACAGUAAUCAAUGGUUUUAGACAUUUAGAAAGCAAAUGAUCGAUGUUCUCGGACCUAUAUUUAUAUAAAUUAUGCUGCCAAUAAUUGUAACCCCACCCUUCCCCUUACCCAUACUAUUGUGUUUUGAAGAACUGUAGCAAUCGCAUGAACUAUAAAAUUGUUUCUGAUGUAAUGAGGGUCUUUAGUUAAGACUGGUUAUCAGGAACUCCCUAAAAUAACCCUACAUCGAAUAUUGUUUUAAAGAUAAAGACCUUAAUAAUCUGUGAUUUAAUGAAGACUGCGGGAAAAACUUAUGUUUGAGAUGUACAGCUUAUGUUUGUGAUAUACAGCUUGUGUUGGAGAUAUACAAUAACUUGCAGUGUGAUGCAGCUUCUUUAUCAUCAACAGAAUAUUCUCCAAGACUGAUUGAUAUAUGCUAGAGAAUAUUUGAGCAGACCACCUUUUGUUUUAUAGUUUCAUUUGACUGGUGUUGGAGAAAAAUAUCGCAAAAAUCUGUUCGUGUUAUUUGGUAGUGAUUAUUACUGGAAAUAUCCAAUAAAGAUUUUAGCCUUAUCAAACACUGAGGGGGUUUCAGG